AUGAAAGGCAUCACGGUCGAUGGUGCGUGGGCGGAGUAUAUGGUGGCCGAUGCCCGAUUUGUCGUCAAACUCCCAGAUGACAUGGAAUUCAAGGUAGUAGCACCCUUGAUGUCCGCUGGUAUCUCUAUUUAUGGAGGGAUUCGGCGUGCCAACAUUCCGGAGGGAGGCUCGAUCGGAAUAAUAGGAAUUGGAGGCUUGGGGCAUAUUGGCACCCAGCUUGCCAAAUGCAUGGGUUACACUGUCGCCGCAGUCGACGUCAAACAGCAAACACUGGAAGCUGUGGCUUCAUAUAAACAUAGCCCAGAUGCUUUAAUUCUUGCAACUGAUACGGUUGCGGAAUCCCUUCUGAAAAUUGAUCAGAUGACCUCGUCAAAGUACAGGGGAUUGGAUGCUACUGUAUUAGCAACAGAUCACCCAUCUGCCUUCGAAUCACCCAUCUGCCUUCGAUCUGGCUGCUGGACUCACACAGAAACAUGGUACAAUGGCUUUACUGGGUCAGCAAGAAAAGGGAAUCACUAUGUCAUACCAUAG